AUGAAAUUGAUUAAUCAUUUGAUCAUUGAGAAAUCUUCUUUGCAUUUAUUGAUUUCUACAAUUCACUCUUUUAUUGAUAUUCUUCUAUCCGAUUUUAAAUGUAAUAGCUCAACAAGAAAAUGUACUACUGGCAUGUCCGUUGAUAUUUCAAAAAUUUACACUGCCGAAUAUGGGCAUUUGAAAGCUAAAUUGGAUACAAUAGGUGGUCUUUAUUGUGACUCGAAAGAUGUUACAAUAAUGAAGGUGUACGUGCUUGUUCCAUUAACUAUAGUUUUAAACAUUCAAGUCCUAUGA